UUGGAAAUUCACAUCGGAUUACUACAACAACAGGCAGUGCCCUGUGGUUUGCUGAUCUCUACAUUUGGUAUUCCACCUACCGCCCCCUACACUACCAACAAGACAGUCAUGGCUGAUAGGGACGAGGAGAAGCGCCGGAUGCAUAUAGAGAUGCAGGACAUGGUCGAUGGGCGACCGGCCAAUUAUGGCAUCAGUGUUCGAGAAUUACGUGACCUCAUGGAAGUUCGCAGUCACGAAGGUUACAACAAACUGCAAACAGAUCACGGCGGAGUGUUAGAAUUGUGUAAAAAAUUAUACACCUCACCUAAUGAAGGUUUAAGCGGGUCUCCAGCAGAUGUAGAACACAGAACACGAACAUUUGGCUCAAAUGUGAUACCCCCAAAACCUCCAAAAACAUUUCUGCAGUUAGUCUGGGAAGCACUCCAAGAUACUACACUCAUUAUUCUUAUCAUAGCAGCUAUUAUAUCAUUAGGAUUAUCAUUCUACAAACCCUCUGGCGAGUUAGCAGAGCAGGAAGGAGGUGACGAAAGUGAAAGUGAGGCUGGAUGGAUAGAGGGCGUGGCAAUCUUAGCAGCUGUCGUACUUGUUGUCUUAGUUACCGCAUUCAAUGACUAUCAGAAAGAAAAACAGUUCCGUGGUCUUCAGAGUAAGAUAGAACAUGAACACAAAUUCUCAGUUAUCAGGGCUGGCGAUGCCAUGAAUAUACCUGUAGCAGAAAUUCUAGUUGGGGAUAUCUGUCAAGUUAAAUAUGGGGAUCUUUUGCCAGCAGAUGGCAUUCUUAUUCAGGCAAACGACCUGAAGGUCGAUGAAAGUUCACUCACAGGAGAGUCAGAUCAUGUCAAGAAGGGUGACGUUAGAGACCCUAUGUUAUUGUCAGGUACCCAUGUUAUGGAGGGCAGUGGCAAGAUGGUGGUCACUGCAGUUGGAGUCAACUCUCAAGCAGGUAUCAUAUUUACUCUACUCGGGGCAGCUGGUGAUGAUGUAAAGAAAGACAAGAAAAAAGAACCAGAAGAUGGUGAUGGAAAUGCUGAUGCAGCUAAUUAUAAACCAACUGGCAAUUCGCAUAACACAAAUGAUACCAACACCACCCAGAAUUCCAAGGGUGCAGAGGAUGGAGAGAACAACCAAGAUUCCGAAGAAGAUGCUAAUAAACCAGCAAAAACUGGGGGACGCAAGGAGAAAUCUGUACUCCAGGCCAAACUAACCAAAUUGGCUAUACAGAUCGGCUAUGCAGGUACCAUAAUUGCUGUUCUGACUGUCUUGAUUCUCAUACUGCGCUUCAGUAUUGAAGAGUUUGUCAUCGACAAGAAAGUAUGGGAUAAUUUCUAUAUCAAUCACUACGUCAAGUUCUUCAUUAUUGGUGUGACUGUGUUAGUAGUUGCUGUACCAGAAGGGCUUCCAUUGGCUGUUACGCUGUCUCUGGCUUAUUCUGUCAGGAAAAUGAUGCACGAUAACAAUCUUGUGCGACAUUUAGACGCCUGUGAGACUAUGGGGAAUGCCACGGCCAUCUGUUCUGAUAAGACGGGAACUCUAACAACCAACAGGAUGACAGUGGUACAGAGCUACGUAGGGGGUGUACACCAUAAGACAACACCAAGGUUUGACAGCCUACCAGGAAGCACAGGUCCUCUUUUGAUGAGAGCUAUUGCCAUCAAUAGUGGAUACACAUCCAGAGUUAUGAAGGUUCCUGGAGAUGAUCUGCCUAAGCAACUAGGGAACAAGACAGAGUGUGCCCUACUCGGCUAUGUGAUGGACCUGGGAAAUAACUAUGAGACCAUUCGGGAGGAAAUGCCUGAGGACAAACUACAUAAGGUCUAUACAUUCAACUCUGUGCGCAAGUCCAUGAGCACUGUUAUACCAAAGGAGGGAGGUGGUUUCACUCUCUUCACCAAGGGAGCAUCAGAAAUUGUCCUAAAAAAGUGUGACUUUAUAAUCGGGGCAGAUGGUACAGCCAAGCCUUUUACCGAGCAGCAUAUAGAGCAAAUGGUAGCUAAUGUCAUUGAGCCUAUGGCCAGUGAUGGUCUCAGAACCAUCUGUGUAGCAUACAAAGAUUAUGUUCAAGGAAAUGGGGAGCCUAACCAGGUACAAUAUACCACAGAACCAGAUUGGGAGGAUGAGGAUAGCAUUGUGACUGGUCUCACGUGUCUAUGUGUCGUAGGAAUCCAGGACCCUGUCAGACCUGAGGUACCACACUCUAUCAGACAGUGUCAAAAUGCUGGUAUCACCGUGCGAAUGGUUACAGGCGAUAACAUCAACACUGCCCGCUCAAUUGCUGCCAAGUGUGGGAUCCUAGCCCCUGGCAAAGACUUCAUUGUCAUGGAAGGCAAGGAGUUCAACAAGAGGAUACGAGACCAGUCUGGAGAAAUUCAGCAGCAUUUAAUAGAUAAAAUCUGGCCAGAUCUACGUGUCCUAGCUCGCUCUUCCCCACAGGACAAAUAUACUUUGGUAAAAGGUAUAAUUGAGAGUAAAAUUAGCGCUACAAGAGAAGUUGUAGCUGUCACUGGUGAUGGUACCAAUGAUGGCCCUGCCCUGAAAAAAGCAGACGUUGGUUUUGCCAUGGGUAUUGCAGGUACAGAUGUAGCAAAAGAAGCCUCCGAUAUUAUAUUAACAGAUGACAAUUUCAGUAGUAUAGUUAAAGCUGUUAUGUGGGGGAGAAACGUCUAUGACAGUAUAGCCAAAUUCUUACAGUUCCAAUUAACUGUCAAUGUAGUGGCAGUAAUCGUUGCAUUUCUAGGAGCCUGUUUAAUCAAAGAUGUCCCAUUAAAGGCUAUUCAAAUGUUAUGGGUAAACCUCAUUAUGGACACUUUAGCCUCAUUAGCUUUAGCAACAGAGAAACCAACUACAGAACUCUUAGAACGUAAACCAUAUGGCAGAACAAAACCUCUUAUUUCACGAACUAUGAUGAAGAAUAUUCUAGGGGGAGGAGUUUACCAGCUGAUUGUCAUAUUAGUAAUAUUAUUUGUUGGUGAAAACUUCUUUGAUAUAGACAGUGGACGAAAUGCUGGUAUCCAUGCAAAACCAACAGUCCACUUUACCAUAAUCUUCAAUACGUUUGUCAUGAUGACGUUAUUUAAUGAAAUUAACGCCAGAAAGAUUCAUGGGCAGAGGAACAUAGCAAGGGGACUCUUUUCUAACCCUAUCUUUUUAGUUAUCUGGAUAGGAACAUUUAUAGCACAGGUGAUAAUUGUUCAACUAGGUAGUUUUGCUCUGUACACUGCUCCGCUCAAUUUAGAACAGUGGCUCUGGUGUAUAUUCUUUGGCGUAGGAACACUUCUCUGGGGACAGAUAAUCACUACAAUUCCCAACCAAAAGCUUCCAGGUGCACUGUCCUGGGGAGCUAGCACAGCAGAGGAGAUCAAAACUAUGGAUGAUGAUGAUGUAGAUGGCGCACCAGAUGACGAGAUGGCACGUCGUGGUCAAAUCUUAUGGAUCCGUGGUCUGACACGUCUGCAGCACCAGAUCCGUGUAGUUAAUGCUUUUCGCAUGGGUGUUGAUUCACUUGAUAGUUAUGAAAAUCGGAGUCUGUCCUCGCUCAGUCAUAGCCAGCACUCUCUCCAGACCCUCCGCCAGCAAGCACUCAAGAAGUCCGGCUCACUUGAUAUAUUGCGCAGUACAAGUGGGGGCGGUGGCGCAGAAACUAAUGCCAUUUAA